GCGCUGCGCAUCAGAAAGCCGAAGUCGAGGCUUUCGCUGACUUUUCGGCUAUCGUCAAUGGCAUCGGCUAUCUCUGUCCGCAGUAGUUUUUCAUGUCGCUUGCGUCGCUUCGCAGUUCGGAAAUUCGAGUGGUUAUACAAACAUCUACAGAAGAAAUUUCUCUGCUUUAAUAGAAAAAACAACAAACAAACGAAUGACGGUUAGCAGCGACUGUCGGCUUUGAUAGAAAUUAAAAAGAUUUAUUUUUGUGCAAAAUCCAAGUGCAUAAAUCAUUGGCAGAAUUCGGUGGGCGUCUCUGUGGACAGAAGCAGAAAAAUAAACGUGCAAGUGUGCAAUUAGCGGUAACUUGAAUUGUAAAUUUGCAAAUUUACACCGAAAAUGGAAAAAAUGGAUGCUAACUUGGAGACUCAAUUCGAUCUCAAUCUUAUUGAGGCAGUAAAGCAAAAUCCUGUUAUAUACGACCGGUCACAUUACAAUUACAAACACUUUGUAAGGAAGGCGCAAACUUGGAAACAGAUUGCAGAACUACUUGGAGUACCUGAACAAAAAUGUACGAAGCGUUGGAAGAGUUUACGUGACAAAUUUGCACGCGAGAUGAAACUGUGUCAGGAAUCGCGCUGGCGUUAUUUCAAACAAAUGCAAUUUCUUGUGGAUUCCAUAAGACAGUAUCGAGAAUCUCUCUUAGGCAAAUGUAAUAAUGUACAACAGACCACCAAUCAGGUUGCACAGGUUGAUCCAAAUCAACAGCAACAACAACAACCACAGCAACAAGCCGUCGUGGAUGUAUUUGCACAACCGUUUAAUGGCACCGCUACAACAUCCACGCAAGCUCUAGCACAUCCACAUGAAAUUACAGUUACAGGCGACACUCAAUUAACCGCCGCCGCCAAGGACCCAAAACCAUAUUUUUAUGAACCAGCACUAAAACGUGAACGUACGGAGGAGGACAAUCACGAUAAUAUGUUAAAUACAAUUAAAAUAUUUCAAAAUUCAAUGACUCAAGCAGUUAGCGCUGAGGAUCAGUCGUUUGGUAUGGUGGUAACCGAUAUGCUAAAUACUCUAGGGGUGCGACAGAAGGCCGAAGCGAAAGUGCACAUUAUCAAAUACCUUACAGAUAUGCAGCUACUGGCACAACAUAAUAAAUAUUAGUUUAGGGCGUAUAUUGCCAUCUAAAAUUCUUAAAAUUUGGGGUGUGGUGCAACGUUUUUGAGAAAAUAUUAAAUCGUGUAACCUACAUUCCAACGAAUUGUCUGCCUGCGAUAAAAGUUUCGAUGUGUACUUUGAAAAAAAAGCAACUUACCAAAUUACAAAUAUACAUAUGAAUUUCGUUAAGAGGUGACAAAUGAAAGAAGGAAAACUAAGUUUUGCAUAAACAAAAUGAUAUAUGUAUAUAUAUAUAUAUAUAUAUGAAAUAUAAACAGUUUUAAAAAUUUGCAUUAUAAAAUCUGCGGUUUAUUAUUUAUAGUUAAGUUAAUUCCUAAAUGAUAUUUUAA